GCAAUGCCAACGCCGGAGGAAGAUAACUGCAUGCAUGUAUGUUAUUUUGCCCUCGUGUGUUUACUUUACUUAUGGAUGGAAUCAAACCCAUCUUUUUGGUUGCCGAUCGAGCAAUUAUUGAUACUCACCUUCAACACUUUGACUUCUAUCCUCGAGCCUUCUAGCAGCCCGUAACAAUGACAACUGUUGCCCCAGCUAUUGACCCCAAGUCCGUGGACUGGACAAAUGGCAUGAAGAAGGCGCCUCGAAAUGUCGCGUGGUAUCAAGCAACGCUCAACCGUGUUCCCGACACUGCUCUUCAGAUCUUUCGGGAAUAUUCCAAGAUCCCCGACGAAAAGAUUCUUGACCAUAUCCACACCAUCAGAGACCAAGCGUGGGAAAUUCUCCCUUAUCCAUGCAUCGGCGUCUUCCGAUUCCUAGACUUCCCUGCCUGUUUAUCCCCUGCCUACCCCGAGGUCUUGGAGCGUGUCCGCGCUGGAGAAACCUUCCUUGACCUCGGUUGCUGUUUUGGACAGGACAUCCGGAAACUGGUGCAUGAUGGAGCACCAUCGGACAACAUCAUCGGUGUCGACACAGAAUCUCGAUUCAUCGACCUCGGCUACGAGCUUUUCGGUGACCGGGAGCGGCUAAAGGUCCACUUUUGCACCGGAGAUGUCUUUGCUGAGGAUUUCCUGGCCGAGUAUCGUGGCAGAGUCGACAUCAUCUUCCUCGGAUCCUUCUUGCAUCUGUUCAGCUUUGAGCAACAGGUCGCCAUUGUUGCACAGUUGGACAAGCUUUUGAGACCAAAGGCGGGCUCUUUGGUGUUUGGGAGACACAUGGCUACAGAAGAGAAGGGGGGCGUGCUGCGCAGAAAUGCGCUUGGGUGGGAUUUGUACCAUCACAGCUCUGAAACAAUCAAGCAAUUGUGGGACACGGCUCCAGAUGGCAAGUGGGAUGUUUCUUCGACGCUUGUGCCAUACAAGUCCGAAGGCUGGGAUAAUGGGGUUAAUUGGCAGGGGGGCAAUGAUGUUAGACAGCAAUACUUCAGCGCCAAAAGGCUUUAG